AUGCUGUGCAGCUUGCAACGCUCUGGCUGCAAGACACAACCGCGAAUCUAUCCUGGUCCUGCUCCGACUCAUUUUGAACCCUUCCCUUCCUUGGUUGCAGAUUCUAUUGGUCUCCCCUUUGGUGUAGCAUGGUUCAGUCCAUCUGCGCCAACGCCAAGAUACAUCGUCAUUGGAACCUGCGCUGGCAUUGGAUGCCCUUCAGCAGUUUACGCAUGGCUCCAACUGUGUUGCAAAGGGCCGAUGCAUCCGGACUACAUUUGUCCAAUGGAGGCAAGCGUCAGGAUGCAUCUCGGGUGGUUUGGAGCGCUGUCCUUCCUGCUAUACUCUGCACUCAGUGUCUAUGCUCAAGAGCGAUGGCUGUCGGAACACUCCAAGAAGGACUCGGUGAAAGCCAAUGCUGCUGUCUUCCUGGUCUGGGGUGUAUGGACGUUGUUGGUGCUGACCUAUGCAAUUUACGCAAAUGGUGCUGUUGGAUCUGCCACUGAUGAGUGGGGCAUUUGCAGGCCUUGCGGUCGAGAAGAUGUUUGCCGAGAGGCGCUUUGGGCUCGUGACGCGAAUUCACGCGGUCUCGGGCCCCUCUUGCCUGCCUCUGCGUCCGGCUGGAAUUCAGCGCUACUGAAAGGAGCCCGAGAAGGCGAUCCUGUUCUGGUCAGAGAGGCCUUGGAUGCGGGAGCUUCGACAGAGACAAGGUCUGUGGCCAGCAGCAUUGUGAAGAAGGGCUUGGGACACAAUUGCAUGGGUCUCACCGCCCUCAUGCAUGCUGCAAGAGGAGGGCAUUUGACAUGUGUGAUGGCACUGAUCGACUCCCGCGCCUCCCUAGAUGCGGAAGAUGAGGUUGGUGCAACACCUCUUCACUAUGCGGCGCUGAGUGGUGACCUGUAUGUCUUCGAGGCACUAAUUCUUGCUGGGGCUGAUGCAUCAAUCAAAGACUCGAUGCAAAAAACUGCUCUUGACUAUUUACCACCUCAUAUACAGGAGGACCCAGACCUGCUCAUUUUUUCUGAUGAUGUUGCAUUAUGUGGUAUUGUUAGAGUGGUUGAGGGAUUAUAG